AUCAGUCUUAAAUUUCUCCACAAUUCAAUCCAAAGCAAAACAAAGAACCACAGAUAAUGUCUCUCAUUCCAAGCUUUCUUGGUGGCCGAGAUCCCUUCGCAAUGGAUAUCUGGGAUCCAUUUGAUUUCAAUAAUUUUCCAUUACCCACUUCCCUUUCUGUUCCACACCCUCAAUUCUCCAACGAAACUGCUGCGAUCGUGAAUGCUCGAAUCGAUUGGAAGGAGACCCCAGAAGCCCACAUCGUCAAAGCUGAUCUUCCUGGGCUCAAGAAGGAAGAAGUGAAGGUCGAGGUUGAAGAAGGUAGAGUCCUUAAGAUCAGUGGCGAGAGAAACAUAGAAAAAGAAGAGAAGAAUGAUCAGUGGCACCGAAUGGAGCGGAGUAGCGGAAAGUUCCUUCGGCGGUUUAGGUUGCCUGAGGAUGUGAAGAUAGAUCAGGUGAAAGCUGCUAUGGAGAAUGGAGUGCUUACUGUAACUGUUCCAAAAGAAGAAGUGAAGAAGCCAGAGGUUAAGGCCAUUGAAAUCUCUGGCUAGACGACCUUGUUUUGUGACAUCCUUUUGCUUUCAGGGCUCUAAUAAUUGAUCUCUGAUAAAAGAUGUUGAAGCUAUGGUGAGAUGAGAAUUUUCCUUUUCCC